AUGCUUCAGACUUUUCCCAGGGUGGCAAAAUGUGUUAGAGCAUAUUCUUCUAAACCAACACUCGGCCCAAAGUUUCAAUCGUUGGAUGAAAUCAAGGAAUACAUCUUCAAGGACACCAUCUCUGCUAAUGAAUUUCUAACGCAGUCUGAAAGAGCUAAAGAUCGUGAAUUACCGGUUCCACCUCGAGAAACUGUUCUAAAACUUUUAAAACUGUCAGGAUUGCCUACGAAAGGUGCCGAUAUUGAAAGAAUUCAAAGGAAUUUAAGCGAACAGAUUUCAUUUAUCAACAUUUUGCAUGACACAGAUUUAGACGAUUCACUGAAUGUCAAAUAUGCAAGACUUUUACCAAGAGAAAAUGCAACUUUGAGUUAUGGAGAUCUUAUUGUUAGGGCGAAUAGCGGCAAGAACUCCGAACUUGCGGAAAUUAGUGGAUCUUGGGAUAGUACAAGCAGAGCUAGUAUGCGUAAAGAUGGAUAUUUUAUCGUUAGAGAGGAAUUUUUAGAUAAUAGAGAUUAA